UUAUCAGGCCCUUUGAUAAAUCUGUCACGCUCGCACAAAAACGAGGAGGUCGAUGCGGGCGAUCUCGGCGGCGGCGGCGGGCAUGCUGCGGGCGCGGCUCCGCGGGGGCGGAGGCGACGGCGCGGGGCGGUGGACGACGCCCGGGCACGAGGAGCGGCCCAAGGGGCACCUCUUCAACCGGCCGCCGCCGGGGGAGUCGCGGAAGUGGGAGGACUGGGAGCUUCCCUGCUACGUCACCUCCUUCCUCACCGUCGCCAUCCUCGGCGUCGGCCUCAGCGCCAAGCCCGACCUCACCCUCGAGACGUGGGCGCACCACAAGGCCCUCGACCGCCUCCAGGAGAAGGACCUCGCCGCCGCCGGUCAGGUUCCCCGCGAACUCUAGAUUUUCUUCUUUUUUUUUCUUUCUUUUCAAACGGUUUGUACUACGUUAUGUGUAAUUCCGUAAGUGGAUUGGAUGAACCUCAAACUGAUAAAAAAAAUGUACAUCUACUGAUGUUUCUCUUGAUAACUGUAGUAUGAGUCAUGAUUGUAUCUCUCUUUCUUUCUUUCUUUUUUUGGCAUGAUGGUGAACAUGUUAUACCUUUUUAGUGGUUUGCAAACUGAGAUUUUUGCAUACCUGUUGCAGUACAUUUGUUUGUUGGUA